CUUAGGGAUCCUCACGCGGUUCCAUGGUUCCGGGCCCGGCAGCAGCGCAGCCAUCUUGGGAGGCAGGAGAGGGACUGGGCGAGACCCAGUGGAGCGACCGAAGGAGGGGCGAUGAGCCGACGUCAGGGGAAGGCUAUGGUGAUGGUAGAAGAUACCGCCAUUGAAAUCGGCUCCAUGAUUUCAGUGAAAACGAUGGGAUCCCAGAAUGACAACGGCCAAGUGGCAACAAUUAACUACAAGAGACAGGAGACAAGUAUGCUGCUGCAAUCACCUGGGCCAGCUUCCUCACCAGACACGAUCCUUGACUUUGAAUGGAUGGUGGUGAGAAUGAGCAGAUUGCUGUCAUCCUUUCACAGAUAACAACUACCCACUACCUACCGUAUUCCAGAAGUUGUGCAAUGAUGUUUAAGGCCCAGGACCCGGCUUCAAGAGUUUCACAUCAAGUAUCAGGCUAAGCACUGGAGGUACAAAGAUGAGGCAGGGAUCGCCUUUGUGCUUGAAGAUAUUCCAGUCAAGAGGAGAAGUCAGAUGGACCCACAGUUACCACUACACUGCUCAUGACAGAUGCUGUAAUAAAGGCCCAGAACAAGCUUCCUGCAACCCAUGACCCAUGAAGUCUUGUCAACAUUCACACUGUCUGAGGGUAUCAGCAAUGAAGUAGAAGAAGCAGAGUGUAGCAGGGGAUUGCAGUACCUCUUUGAGUGACUCCUUUGGCUUAUGGGACGUUGACACACCAUGCCGCGUGGGAUGAUGAAAACGCAGAGAGGAAAGAGGCCCGAGGUCACGCUUGCUUGCCUCCUCUUAGCCAUGGCGGGCUGCUUCGCGAACCUGAACGAGGUCCCUCAGGUCACUGUCCAGCCUUCUUCCACCGUCCAGAAGCUCGGAGGAACCGUGAUCCUGGGCUGCGUGGUGGAGCCCCCCUGGAUGAACACCACCUGGCGCCUGAACGGGAAGGAGCUGAAUGGCUCGGAUGAUGCCCGGGGCGUCCUCAUCACCCGCGGGACCCUCGUCAUCACUGCCCUCAGCAACCACACUGUGGGACGGUACCAGUGUGUGGCCCGGAUGCCUGCAGGGGCUGUGGCCAGCGUGCCAGCCACCGUGACACUAGCUAAUCUCCAGGACUUCAAGUUAGACGUGCAGCACGUGAUUGAAGUGGAUGAGGGGAACACGGCGGUCAUCGCCUGUCACCUUCCUGAGAGCCACCCAAAAGCCCAGGUCCGAUACAGCGUCAAACACGAGUGGCUGGAGGCCUCCAGAGAUAACUACCUGAUCAUGCCAUCGGGGAACCUCCAGAUUGUGAAUGCCAGCCAGGAGGACGAGGGGAUGUACAAGUGCGCUGCCUACAACCCAGUGACGCAGGAAGUGAAAACCUCGGGCUCCAGUGACAGGCUGCGCGUGCGCCGCUCCACUGCCGAGGCUGCCCGCAUCAUCUACCCACCAGAGGCCCAGACCAUCAUUGUCACCAAAGGCCAGAGUCUCAUCCUGGAGUGUGUGGCCAGUGGGAUCCCACCCCCGAGGGUCACCUGGGCCAAGGACGGGUCCAGUGUCGCCAGCUACAACAAGACACGUUUCCUGCUGAGCAACCUUCUCAUUGACACCACCAGUGAGGAGGACUCCGGGACCUACCGCUGCAUGGCUGACAACGGGGUUGGGGAUCCCGGGGCCGCGGUCAUCCUCUACAACGUCCAGGUGUUCGAACCCCCCGAGGUCACCAUGGAGCUGUCCCAGCUGGUCAUCCCUUGGGGCCAGAGCGCCAAGCUCACCUGUGAGGUGCGAGGGAACCCCCCGCCCUCCGUGCUGUGGCUAAGGAACGCCGUGCCCCUCACCUCCAGCCAGCGCCUCCGACUGUCCCGUAGGGCCCUGCGGGUGGUCAGUGUAGGGCCCGAGGAUGAAGGCGUCUACCAGUGCAUGGCCGAGAAUGAAGUCGGGAGCGCCCACGCUGUGGUCCAGCUGAGGACCGCCAGGCCGGGCACCACCCUGAGGCCAUGGCGGGAUGCUAAGCCGGCCACUGCCACACCUCCUGUGCCGCCCCCCGGACCCGGAAGCCCUGCCCAGAUGCCGAAGGGCCAGCCGGGGCCCCUGAGGCCGCCGGCGUCGGCGCAGCCAGCCCCCUUGCCGUGCCUGGGAGAGCAGGGGCAGGCGGCUCCCGCCGAGGCGCCCGUCAUCCUCAGCUCACCCCGCACCUCCAAGACUGACUCGUACGAGCUGGUGUGGCGGCCUCGGCACGAGGGCAGCGGCUGGGCACCGAUCCUCUACUAUGUGGUGAAACACCGCAAGCAGGUCACAAACUCCUCUGACGACUGGACCAUCUCUGGCAUUCCAGCCAGCCAGCACCGCCUGACCCUCACCAGACUCGACCCUGGGAGCUUGUAUGAAGUGGAGAUGGCAGCCUACACCUGUGCAGGCGAAGGCCAGACGGCCAUGGUCACCUUCCGAACUGGACGGCGGCCCAAACCUGAAAUCAUGGCCAGCAAGGAGCAGCAGAUCCAGAGAGAUGACCCCGGAGCCAGCCCCCAGAGCAGCAGCCAGCCAGACCACGGCCGCCUGUCCCCCCCAGAAGCUCCAGACAGGCCCACUAUCUCCAUGGCCUCUGAGACCUCAGUGUAUGUGACCUGGAUUCCGCGUGGGAACGGCGGCUUCCCCAUCCAGUCCUUCCGAGUGGAGUACAAGAAGCUGAAGAAAGUGGGGGACUGGAUUCUGGCCACCAGCGCCAUCCCUCCCUCCCGGCUCUCGGUGGAGAUCACAGGCCUAGAGAAAGGCACCUCCUACAAGUUCCGAGUCCGGGCUCUGAACAUGCUGGGGGAGAGCGAACCCAGCGCCCCCUCCCGGCCCUACGCUGUGUCAGGCUACAGCGGCCGCGUGUACGAGAGGCCCGUGGCAGGCCCUUACAUCACCUUCACCGAUGCUGUCAACGAGACCACCAUCAUGCUCAAGUGGAUGUAUAUUCCAGCAAGUAACAACAACACCCCAAUCCAUGGCUUUUAUAUCUAUUACCGACCCACGGACAGUGACAAUGAUAGUGACUACAAGAAGGAUAUGGUGGAAGGGGAUAGAUACUGGCACUCCAUCAGCCACCUGCAGCCAGAGACCUCCUAUGACAUUAAGAUGCAGUGCUUCAACGAAGGAGGGGAGAGUGAGUUCAGCAACGUGAUGAUCUGUGAAACCAAAGCCCGGAAGUCUUCUGGUCAGCCUGGUCGACUCCCACCCCCAACUCUGGCCCCGCCUCAGCUACCACCCCAUGAAACCAUAGAACGGCCGGUGGGCACAGGGGCCAUGGUGGCCCGCUCCAGUGACCUGCCCUACCUGAUUGUCGGGGUCGUCCUGGGCUCCAUCGUCCUCAUCAUCGUUGCCUUCAUCCCCUUCUGCUUGUGGAGGGCCUGGUCUAAGCAAAAACAUACGACAGACCUGGGUUUUCCUCGAAGUGCCCUUCUGCCCUCCUCCUGCCAAUACACUAUGGUACCACUGGGAGGGCUCCCAGGCCACCGGGCCAAUGGGCAGCCCUACCUCAGUGGCACCAGCGGACGGGCCUGUACCAACGGGGUACACGUGAACAGGGCCUGCCCUGCAGCUGCCAUGGGCUACCCAGGCAUGAAGCCUCAGCAGCGCCGCCCAGGGGAGCUUCAGCAGCAGGAUGACACCAACAGCACGCUGAGGCAGACCGUUCUUGGCAGUGGAUGUGACCCCCCCAGUCACCAGAUCCCCAGGGCUCCCAGGUCUAACCCGGACGAGGGCUCGCUCUUAUACACACUGCCCGAUGACUCAGCUCACCAGCUGCUCCAGCCUCGGCAGGCCUGCCACCGCCUCCAGGAGCGGCCAGCAGCCACGGGCCAGCCCGGCAUGAGGCGUGUACCCCAGGGUCCUGGGCUGGAAGCCAUGUGGGACCCUCUCUUCCACCCAGGGCCCCGGUGCUGCUUGGGCCUCGUACCGGUUGAAGAGGUGGCCAGUCCUGACUCCUGCCCUGCGGGGAGAGGAGACUGGUGUCCCCAGCACCCCGUGGGGACCUACGUAGGGCAGGAACUUGGGAUGCGGCUCUCCCCCAGCCCACCGGUUCACGUGUCUUUUGAAACACCACCUCCUACAAUUUAGGCAGAAGCUGAUAUCCCAGAAAGACACUAUAUAUCGUUGUUUGUUUCUUUAAAAAAGAGAGGAAAUUGGUAUUUAUUUUUAUAUAAUAGCUAUAUUUAUAUAUUUAUGCACUUGUAAAUAAAUGUAUAUGUUUUUAUAAUUCUGGAGAGACAUAGGGAAUCCUCCCCUCUGAGGUCUGAGGUGGGAAGCAAAGAAGCCGCAACGGAACAGGAGUCAACGGGGAAAGAGCAGCACAGACUGAGGAGGCAGCCCGUCCUGUAGACCCUCCGCCGCUGCCUGGGCCCCUGCAGAAGGCCCACAGAGAAGCCCGUGGAAGGAGGACUCCUAGGCACACUGUCCACAGUGACUGCAAGGGAAGGGCCAGGGCCAUGCGAUCAGAGGCUGCAGCCACCCGUGACAGUGGCUGGCUCUGGUGCUACAGGAAACGUUUUCCCAAGAUGCCCGUGAGACUAGACUAAGAUGUGUAUAGUACUAUAAGCAUUAACAAACCUUCCAGAAUCAAUAAUCUGUGGCAACAUAUCUCUGUAAAAAUAAACACUGUGAUGUCUAAAUAAAUGUUUAGUCUUCCCUGUAACCUAC